CUGUUGUGAAUAUCAAAACAUGUGUCAAAAAUCAAAAUUAAUAUUUUGUAAACAUACGACUCUUGAUUCGAAGUAAUUUAAUCGUUUACGUAUGAACCACGUUAUUUAAUUUAUUUAUAAUUACAUAGUUCAAUUUAGAGAAUGUCUAACUCAAACGAUAAAGCUAAUGGUGUUGAAUCUAAUCCGCUACAAAGACUUGCCUCUUUGAAGGCACCGCGAGAUCUUUUACUAGGCGGUGUGAAACCAAAUAAAAAAGUAUUUACACCAAAUUUAAACGUAACCCGUAAUAAAAAUAAAGGGCCAUCAACCGCGGCUACCCGUGAACAGAAAAAAGAUGAAAGAAACAAAAGGGAUCGCAAAAAUGAUAAAAAUAAAAAUCUUAAAAAUGGCCCAAAUAUUAUAAAAUCAUCAGGCGUAUUUUCUGAAGGUAUAGGUAGUGCAGAGAGGCAUUCCAGUCGUGCUUCAUAUGGAAGAGAGGCUAACACAGCACCUACAUUACAAAAACCGACUAUUAGAAUCAAGGAUACUGUUAGAAUAGACAAAGAUUUUGAAGAACAGAAGAUAAAAGCAAUCCUCUGUGAAGAUGGAAAUGAAAUUGAGGAAGCAGAAGAUUUCAAAUUGGUUCUUGACGCUGAUGCUCCUGUUAAACUGCCUAUGGAUGACGGAGGUCUGAUCAUUUUGAUAUAUCUUUUACUUUUACUUCAACUUUAAUGUAAUCUGCAUCCAUGGAGCUAAUAUAUACAAAAUAAUGACCUUAUAUUAAUUAGUAUAGUGUUGCUAUAUAUAUAUAUAUAAACAUUAUUCAUUUAACUAGUAUUAUAAUCAUCAUCACAGAUUAACACAUAUACAGUCUGAUAUAACAGUUAAUGUUUUGUUGUUUUAUAAGAAUGGUAUGAUAAGUGAUACAAAAGCGUUUCACAUUAUAGUCUAUCUACAUGCAUGUAUGCAGUACAAUGAU